AUGCGGCACCGCCACCGCAUACCGAAAGACGGCAACGACGACGGCGUGGAGCACACGACCUGUUCGAGUGACGAAGAAUUUGCCGUCUCCGAGGAAACAGGCCGUAGAAGUACCCAUUCUAAGAGGGGAAAGACCCCUCAACCGGUCGCGCCGACGCCGACGCAAUCAUCUCGGCGAAACAAGAAACAAGUGGAACCGGAAGAAGCCGUGGAAAAGUCUGUUGUUGAAGAGGUUGCAGCUGAUUCCGAUGAACCGGACACCAAACAAGUCAUGGAACAGUUGCAAGAUUUGAUCGUCCCGGUACUAGACGGUCAGGACAAGACAUCCGACGAAAAUAGUUCGACCAAUCUGUUUGAGAAGUUCCAAGUGGACACGAAAUUAUCAUCCGUUAAAAAUGACCCCGCUGUUCCGCCAGGAGAAAGUGUCUUCAUUGCCAAUUUGGCAGCCGAGGAAAAUGCCAACAGUCUACCCUCGGUAGUGGAUGAAAUUUCCGCCUCCCGGCUCGCUGUCACUUCGCCCGAGGAAGAUAAUGCUGUACUGAUUGGGCCGGAAGUUGUUCAUGCGGAACCUGAAUCUGCUUUGGUAGAUUCAAACGGUGACAACACAGACGAAGUGACCGGUAGUAGCGAUAACGCACUGGCCGGGAACGUCGCCAAUGGAAUCAACGAAGACGACUCCAAGAACACCGACUUGGACGCUGAAGUUAUCUCGGAAGAUGAACUGCCGCAACCGGUUAAAGAUCAGGUUCACGAUGCAGAAGAAGUUUCCGAUGAUGAAUUGCUGGGGCCAGCAGAAGACGAGUUGCCCAAGCCCGUUCUGGAGCUGCCGACUGGAACGGAUAACGUUUCGGACGAGGAGUUGGAGUCACUGCUCACUUUUUACAGGCAGAAGAGAAAAAUGAGGAGACUGAAGGCGAUCCCUCUGUCGGUGGAUCUGUGGAUCCACUAUCUGGCGCACGUACGGGCCAACAAUACGGACGACGAAACGUUGAUUCGGUCCCAGUUCGAGCGAGCGCUGGCUGCAUGCGGUUUGGAAUUCCGUUCGGAUAAGGCCAAUAUCAAGCGGGAAAGCGAAGGCAAACGCAUUGACCGCGUUGUGGCGUCCGAUAUUCACCACGAUACCGCCGAUGACAAAGACAACCAACCGCCGCUCGCCCGGCUAGGCCAGGAUUACCCAACUACUACUGCUAGACGGCUAGGAGCGGCAUGA